GACAACUGUCAGAGGAUCACAAGUCAUAAAUUUAAAAGUUUUGUUAUCCCAAAUUUAAAAUUUUAUAAUAUAUGUAGAGCAUUUCCAGUCCUCAACAGUGUAACUUGUAAUUAAAAUGUUGUGUUAUUUGAGUGCGUUUCUAGUUAUAUCGUUAAAUGUUCAAAAAUCGUACUCUAGCAAUAUAGAAUACGAUGGAUCAGUAACAAUUCGUCUUCAACAUGCCCUUGUUGCUUCAGAAGAUCCUGUAUUUACAGAUAGAGGUAAUGUAACUGUACACAGCUUACGUUUGGGACAAGCAACUAUCAAUCAGAGGCCUCUGUCUCCAGAUGAACAACUUCAGCUAAGGGACCUAGCUGCAAAAAACCACUUUUAUCAACUAAAAUCAAUUGUGACUGCAAAUGAUGGGUCUCAAAAGACUUUUCUGUCAACAGUUAAAGCAUGCAUGCUUGCUGAGUCAGAGUUGGAUGACCGUCUUUCGGUAUCCAUUGAUUACAUGGGCAGAGUAAUUGCUGUGACUUCAAUCAUAGCAUCAAAAUCAACUUGUGAAGGGGCAGUUGUUUCACUGGAGAAACUGAAACAUUUUACUACUAGUGUCUAUGUUAGGCACACCGAGCCUGGACCAAUACCAGACACAGCAUCAUACAUCCAGAAAUUGGAGAGGGAAAGGGAAGCAAAGGAAAAGGGAGAGGUGAAGGAUAAUAGAUCAUUCUUAGCUAAAUAUUGGAUGUACAUUGUUCCAUUGGUCAUAAUAAUGGUGGUAUCUUCUGCAACUAAUCCAGAUGCACAGCAAGGAAGUCAAUGAUGAAGGCAAUUAGGUUUUGUGUUGAUGUUUUGUGAUUGUAUGUAGGUAUUCCAAUUUAUAAGGCAAACAUGUUAGCUCAAAAAGCAGUGUUGUUGUGAUGGUAAAAGAAACAACAUGGUUCAAUAAACCAAACCUGUAUAUGUACCCUAGAUUUUCUAUACAGCUACUGUUAAUUUAUUAAUUUCAUUGCAGCCUAUAAAUUGAAUAAAUGGAUGAAAUCCUUAUUUGUUACUAGUAUUCCCGUACACUAAAAUUAGCAGUUAUAAUUAACCUUGAGAUGUCCAAUUUUUAUGGAUUUAUCUCAUCACCUAGAGCAUGUUGUAUCAGUUUCUAAAAUUGAAACAAUCAAAUUCUUCGACUCACCUCAUUUGUAAUAAUAAAACAUCAGGUUCAUAGGUCUUACAUCUUUAUUUGAACUUUGUAUACACAUUUAGAUUUAUAAUACAAUAAAUAUCUACUGAUGUGCUUCUUCAUGUACGUUGAUAAACAAAUAUUACCUCUUCAAGUCUUCAUGAGUAAAG